AUGAGACGUAGCAAGAGUAGUAAAAGCCCUGCACAGCCCACAAGUACGCGAAGUAGAAGUGUAGUACAACCUUGCGUCAAGACAGCGACGAAGAAAAAGCAGCUCAGUUUCAGUUCGCAGACACGUGACCAAACUGUAGAUCGUGCGCGACUUCUUCCCACGACGACAAAUAAGAUGGCAUCCACGUCAUCCAGCACAACUGCCGUGGCCGGGGCGUCCCCGCACCGCGCAAAGAUUGAUAUAGGACCCAGUCUGUUGGCGUGCGACUUGGCCAAUCUAGGUGCGGAGGCACGUAUGGUGUUGGAAGCGGGGGCGGACUCGCUGCACGUGGAUGUUAUGGACGGGAACUUUGUGCCCAACAUAUCCUGGGGAAUGCCCGUCAUCUCCUGCCUCCACAAAGCCGUCCCGGAGGCGUUUCUGGAUGUACACUUGAUGGUGUCCCACCCGGCGCAGUGGAUCGAACCUAUGAAACAAGCCGGCGCCAACCGGUACACGUUCCACGUCGAGACCCAGACCGAAACCGGCGAAACGGCCCGGAUAAUAGAAACCAUCAAGAAGAACGGCAUGCUGCCGGGCAUUGCGCUAAAACCGGGCACCCCGGUCACGGACGACAUUCUCAAGCUCGCGGAAAUGGUCGACCUAACGCUGGUAUCAACUGCAAAAAUGUCUGGGUCUGGAAGAUUGCCAGGGUUGUCAUGCAUAUUUUGAAUUACCCAUGAUGUCUGUGAUGCAUGCCCUAGCAUCGCAGAUUUCUAGAGGACUUUGCGCUGCCUCUACCGCGUGAGAAAUGCCCUCUCCGCGUAGCACAAACUGGAGGCCUCUUGCUGGUGAUGCAACACAAAUUUUUUUAGAAUCCAGAGACAGCAUUACAAGUUUAGUAUCUUCCAGACCCAGACAUAUUUGCAAUGCAUAGCUGGUCAUGACAGUCGAGCCCGGAUUUGGCGGCCAGAAGUUCAUGGCGGACAUGAUGCCCAAAGUAAGUAAUGUUGCUGACUUAAAUAAUAUGUACGCUGAAGUUUUCUCAAUUUUGACUUGUUCGACGAAAUUUUUCUGAAGGUGGUUGUCUUUGUCAGUCACCGAGAAAAAUAGCGACUACCGGAAGAUCCGGACAGCUGCUGAGAAAUUACGGCAAUCUACUUUCACCAGGUUGCUAAGCUCCGGGCACAUUUGGGUCCCGAAGCGAACAUUCAAGUCGACGGAGGACUCGGGCCGGUGACGAUUGACGAAGCUGCAAAGGCGGGCGCAAACUGCAUCGUCGCCGGUAGUGCGGUAUUCAAAAAAAAACCGCCACCCGCAGAAACUAUUGGAGUGCUCCGGACCUCUGUGCAAAAACACGGGCAUGGCAAUAUGACCCAUUGACGUUCUGCUGGGCGUUUUUGUUUUUCUGGCCGCCUCUGCAAAUUAUCUCGCAGAUGUCUGCAUAUCUGUACGGUGGCCAAACCUGCGAAAGAACUCGAGAACAACUCUUGCACUAAACAAAUUUACCCAAGAACAUCAACCAACGACAUGUAUGAUUACGCAGCGUACAACUGGACCUGGCACCAGGCCGCGAUGCUGUCGCGAACCGUCUAGACCCAAGUAGACGCAGUCGCGGGAAACGUCGCUCUGCUGGCGCCAUCCAUGAGGUGUUGGCCCUCGCGUGUCUGUUGUGUAAGCGAGCUGCGUUCGUUGUUCUGACAGAUUGAAACUCCAGCUGGUCCAUUCCAGCGUUCUUUUCCUG